GGCUUGAGCUGCGCUCACCAGAUAUUGAUUCAUGUAUCAUCGGGAGUUCAUGUUGGAGGUGGCCCUGCAUCCAAGACGAUGAACACUACUACCUCCCAAACCUUUUCCACACAGUCAAAUACUACGUUGGUGGGAUGGACAUCCGAUCCGUCCGGUCGGGGCAGACUUAGCUUGAUCACGACAUGUCUGACGACCAUACUCUUGUGCACCUGGGUGGUAAUCCAUCCCCGGGUGUACCAGAACGAAGUGUACGUGACACUGCACAAAUUCGCUCUCUUCUUCAAGGCCAUCAUAGCGCCCGAAUUAGUCGCUGUCGAAGGGUUACAGGAAUGGGCCCAGUGCCGACGGAUGGUAACUGACUGCGCCCGGUUUACCCAGGGCGAAUUCAACUCCAUCCACGCCUUCUACAUCAGCAUGCUCGCCCUGCGGUACCGCACUCCGAAUGGAGAUCGCGUCAUUUGGCCAACCCAAUACACAUGGCUACUCGAGCAGAAGAUUAUUGAGUGGGAAAGCCAUGCCAGUUGGAGUCUAUCGGAGGAUGAUAUCCGCGACAAGAGCAAAUCCGAUGGGUUCGCCAAGUUGGCGGCCUUGGUCCAGGUGUCCUGGUUCGUGGCUCAGUGCGUCACCAGGGGCAUACACCAUCUCCCGCUGUCUCAAUUGGAAGCCAUGACCUUGGGGUAUAUCCCCCUGUUUAUCGUCACCUACUUCUUCUGGUGGAAUAAACCAAAGGAUAUUCGAUCCCCCUCCAUUGUGGAGCUGCCAGCCAUGACUCUCGAGCAGAGGGAAACCUUUGAGGGCAUGGCAGUGAGUGACAAGUUCGAUAACGAAGGAUCGAAAAUCCAAAUGUCAUACUGGAACACCUGGUAUCUCACCCCACGAGUGUUUGAGAAAGAAGAAGAUCGGCAGUUACAGUGCGCCCGGGAGAGGGCUUCCCGGCCAGACGAGCUUACCGAGCAACGAGCCUGUGGAGAGCGACUUUCGCGCAAUCCGUCGACUAGCAAGGAGAGCCUCCUGAAGAUCGAGGACCAGCAAAUCCAUUCUCGAAAAGAGGUGGUGGUCGCGCACUGGGAUCCUCAACUGUAUCGGUCGAAGAUCUGGCCGCUGACCUGCCUGUUCGGGAUCUCCUUUGGCGCCCUCCACCUGGCUUGCUGGAAUACCAUCUUCCCUACUGCGGUGGAGAGCUGAUUGUGGCGCGCUUCUGCUUUGGUAUCCAUGCUCUCGAUUCUGGUCUUCAUGCAUUUUGAAAAGGUUGUCUUCCGCUGGGGAGGUUUGUUAACCCUCAUCAGACUUGUUUCGCCCGCCCUCUAUAUCAUCAGCCGUAUCCUGAUGAUGGGAGAGGUCUUCGCGGCGCUGCGCGCGGAGGAGCCGGUCAUAUAUGAGACUUAUGAUCUUGCUGACCGUUGGUUCCAUCGUACCUAAGCCGGCGGGGAGCAUACAUUGCCGGGAUUCAAUGGUAUCUAGGGGCGUUGGCUGCAGCCUUUGCUGUAUUCUGCCCGACAACAGGAGGAUGAAGUGUCUAGGGUGUGAUCGUAUCCUGUAUUUGGUCCAUCGAAUUUAACAGGGGUAGGGAAUCCGUGCUGAAUGAUUAUGAAGUCUCAAU